CGAAUUGUGUUCCCCAAUGGCACGAAAAUAAUGCACGCUCUCUCUCCUCUCUCACCGCUAAGAUAUCAUUCUCUCUCCCCUCUCAACUCUUGAAAUCCUCCAGAGCUGCGAUUCAACUGGUUUGCAAAACCCUCUCAUUCGGAGCUGCGAUUCAAGGAUUCAAAACUCUCUCGCUCUCUCGCUCAUCGCUUUCAGAACCGGAGCUGCGAUUGAACUCUUGAAAACUCAGGGAAAAAAAACCCAAAUCGCGGGAGUGAAGGGUUUCGAGACAAUCAACAUUGUCAAACAGAGCAAGCUUGCCCUAGACUAGAGUGUUCCUCACUACUCUCCCUCUCAUCGAUACGGUAAAAGAAUGGGCCGGAAAGCUGGUGGGCUAUAUAUAAAUCCAAAGAAAUUUGGUUCUCUACGGAAACCUUGCAUGAAGGAAAUGAUAACUUUUCUUAAUUGUUUGUCUCUUAACCACAACAGUGAUGAAAAGUGCGUUAGGCAUAAAGAGCUUUUGAGUGCAUGCAUGGAUGCUCAGACUAACAAUAGCAGGAAACCUUGGGGAAGUAUUAAUUAUCAUCUGCAGAGGCUCAACAGGGGAAGGAAAUAGUAUUAUCACAAUGGAGAGUUUUCGACUCUUGUAUGAUUCCUCAAUUUGUUUUGGAUGUAUCACUAGUGGCAAGAGUUGGGGCAUGUUUUAAAAACAAAAUUAUUGAAGUGGUUCAUCAUACUGCCCUGGCCCAUUAAGGUGAGAAAUUUCAGAAUAAUUUGUGGACAUUUUUUUUUGGUUUCCCGAGAGAUUUAACUCAUCUAAGUAUCCACUGAUGGCAUUGUUUAUUUUGCAAAUCAAAGAUUUUUAACUGCUGGCCUUGGACUAUACAGAAGUUCCUGUGCAGGGAAUGCAAUGAGUUCGAACUUUAUCCCUGUUCCUCAAAAA